AUGGCCGAUAACCCACGAUCGCCCUCAAGCUCCAAGUCCAAGACCGUUCGAUCACAGAAGAUUGCCCCCUCUUCUAUCGACGGUGACAGUGGAAACGAGGGCCAAGACCGAGCUGCUCCCACCACCCGAAGCCAUACGCCAGGCCAUCUCUCAUCUAGGAGCCAAACAAAUUCCUCGAGUAGACGUAAAGCAUCGGAGCCCUCGAUACGAACACGUUCCCAAUCCGUCUCUGCCAAAUCUGCGUUUGCGCCACCGCCCCAGUCUGCUCCGACACCUAUUCCCACUCUCACCCUUCGACGCAAUGGAGAUUACACUACUCCCGUACCAUCGGAUCCGCAGGUCGGAUCCUAUAGCCUAGAGGAUGGACGGCGACCAGUAGCUAUGCGCUCGACAUCGGCCAUCGCCGGCCGAACUACAACUGCGAGUAUGGGAUCGACUGCCUCCGGCGGAUCCCGUAAGGCGUCCUCUGCUGCACGGCCGCGUGGCCCCCAUGUCCCCUUUCCGCCUCUACAAGAUCCCAAAACCGCCGCCGACGUGCCUGCUGCACCUUCGUCUGGUAUGUACUGGUCGCGAGCACCAGUAUCCGGAGCUCCCCAUACUCCCCUCCGCGCGCACACGACGACUCUCGUCGGCAGCAACGUAUACGUCUUUGGAGGUUGCGACUCGCGUGCCUGUUUUAACGAGUUGUAUGUCCUGGACGCGGACUCGUUCCACUGGAGUAGCCCGCACGUGGCAGGUGAUAUACCGGUUCCGUUGCGGGCGAUGACGUGCACAGCUGUCGGCAAGAAAUUGGUGGUGUUUGGGGGCGGAGACGGUCCGGCUUAUUAUAAUGACGUGUACGUGUUGGAUACGGUUAAUUUUCGUUGGCAUCGCCCGCGGAUAAUAGGGGAUCGAACGCCAAGCGCGCGGCGAGCGCAUACAGCCUGCCUGUACAAAAAUGGUAUCUACAUGUUUGGUGGCGGGGACGGAAUACGCGCCCUCAACGACAUAUGGCGGCUCGAUGUCACAGAUGUGACGAAGAUGAGCUGGAAAUUAGUAUCGGGGCCGUCGCUGAGCAGCUCGAAUGGAGUUAAAGACACCUCCAAACCUAAGGCUCGGGGCUACCACACAGCGAACAUGGUAGGCAGUAAGCUGAUCAUCUAUGGCGGCUCGGACGGCGGCGAGUGCUUCAAUGACGUAUGGGUAUACGACGUGGACACGUAUACCUGGAAGGCGGUACAUAUCCCUAUAACAUUCCGGCGGCUGUCGCACACCUCGACACUCGUGGGUUCGUACCUAUUCGUGAUCGGAGGUCACGAUGGUAAUGAGUACUCCAACGAUGUCUUGCUGCUCAACUUGGUUACUAUGAGUUGGGACAAGCGGAGGGUAUACGGCCUCCCUCCCAGCGGUCGCGGGUACCACGGCACCGUGCUGCACGACAGCCGGCUCAUCGUAAUCGGUGGCUUCGACGGCGGUGAGGUUUUCGGUGACGUCUGGAUCCUCGAAUUAGCUGUACAUGCGUAUUACUCGCAGAUAAGCCACUUUACCAUCGAGGUCUAG